UUUAAAUAUUCUCUUCCCUUCUAGUUCAAACAAUCUACAAUGGCAGACAACAGAGCCAAGGCUGACUCCACAUCCUGCAGUGUACUAAGUUGGGAACAGGUCAGACGCUUGCAUGAGAUCUUGUCAGAGGUGGUACCAAUUCACGGACGGGGCAAUUUUCCAACUCUGAAGAUAACCUUGAAGAAGAUAAUCCAAACUGUUCGGCGCAGACUGGAAGAAGCAAGCAUUCUAGUGUGUGAUGUUCGGCUGAAUGGUUCUGCAGCUGGUCAUGUCUUGGUCAAAGAUAAUGGACUGGGUUUUAAAGAUCUAGAUCUUGUUUUUCAAGUGUCUCUCCCAAGUGAGACUGAAUUCCAGUUGGUCAAAGAUGUGGUUCUGCAGUCCCUUUUAAAUUUUUUGCCAGAAGGUGUGAACAAACUCAAGAUUACUCCCAUGACUCUUAAGGAAGUAUAUAUUGAAAAGUUGGUAAAGGUAUCCACUGAAAUUGACCGCUGGAGCUUAAUAUCUCUUUCUAACAAACACGGCAGAAAUGUAGAGCUCAAGUUUGUGGAUCGUAUAAGGCGGCAAUUUGAGUUCAGUGUGGAUUCUUUUCAAAUAAUACUAGAUUCACUGCUCUUUUAUUAUGAGUGCUCAGAAAACCCAAUGUCUGAGCACUUCCAUCCAACUGUAAUUGGGGAAAGUAUGUAUGGCGAUUUUGAGGCAGCCUUUCUUCAUCUUAAAAACAGACUGAUAACUACCAAGAACCCCGAGGAAAUUAGGGGAGGGGGGCUCCUCAAAUACAGCAAUCUUCUUGUGAGGGCUUUCAAGCCCAUGGACAAAGAGGAGAUAAAAACCUUAGAGCGCUACAUGUGCUCAAGGUUCUUCAUAGACUUCCCAGAUAUUCUGGAACAGCAGCGUAAAUUGGAGACAUACCUGCAGAAUCACUUUGCCGAAGAGGACAGAAGCAAAUAUGACUACCUAAUGACCUUGCGGAGAGUAGUGAAUGAGAGCACUGUGUGCCUCAUGGGACAUGAACGUAGACAGACACUGAACUUGAUCUCCCUUUUGGCCCUCAGAGUUCUUGUAGAGCAAAACAUCAUCCCUAAUGCUAACAAUGUCACUUGCUAUUACCAGCCAGCACCCUAUGUUAGUGAUGCAAACUUCAGCAGCUACUAUGUUGCAGAUACUUAUGGCCAGGUAUGUCCUACCUGGUUGCCUUGCAAUUGAUUUAUUUUCAGUGUCUCUAUUCAGCCAGAAUGGAGUGUUUCCCAUAUUUCUCUUGGCUGCUUAGAGACAAAUAAGACUAACAUACCAAGCUUUUGUCAGGUCAUAAAAUCGUACUACCUUUCUUAAAAGAGAACCUCUUUUCUAUCUGUCCUAAUGUCUGUCCGCAAUUUUCAAAAACUGAAGGCUGAAAGAUGAUGUUAGGCAAUACCAGAACAGUAAUAUAUGCUUAAUUGCUUCCAUGCUAUCUUUUUGAAUUUUCAUUGUCUGCAAGUUCUGUUUCCAAUUUAAUGGAAGUAAUGAGGACUAAUGUAUUCUUGUGCAGGAAAAAAAUGGCUAUAUUCUAGCACACAAUUAGCUGAUCAAAACCUUACCAAAAGCAAUGGAAUUUAAGCAGUUUAAUGUAUGUAGCAUUAGAGCCAUUUUCCCUGAAGGUCUUAAUCAGUCUCCUU